UGUUGAUAGUUUUGUUCGUUAUUAUUAUACUACACCGGUAAUACCGGCAAAGAGUAUACAAACACUACGGUACACCGGUGGCCGGCUGUGAUAACUUGUAAUUUGUACGCAAUACAUAUACUAUACAAGGGCUUACAACAAAAUCUCAAAUUAAGGACGGGCAUUUUAUUAGGAGAUUAUAUUUUAUAUUGUAAUCUAAAAAUGGAAAGCAAUGAACAAAGUGAUGUAGAUAAAAAUAUAGAAACGAAAUAUCCUUUGCUUCCAUAUGAAAAACAAAUCCUUAUAGAUAUGUUUGAAAAGGAUGCACUGUUAAUAAUUGCAAAAGGACUCACUUAUAACGAUAUCGUCGCAAACAUAUUAUGGAUACAUAAUGAUCCUGCUAAUUUAGUUUUAGUAAUAAAUAGUAGCGAGCAUGAAGAAAAAUACUUUUCUGAAAAAUUUAACUUAACAGUUUUACCUACAGUUGGAAAUGAGAGAGAAAAGGCAUAUUUAGAAGGUGGUAUAUAUUUUGUGUCUACAAGAAUUCUGGUCGUUGACUUGUUGAAAAAUCGUGUUCCAGUAUCCAAUAUCACUGGCAUAAUUGUAUUAAGAGCUCACACUGUACUUGAAUCUUGUCAAGAAGCAUUUGUUUUAAGACUUUAUAGACAAAAAAAUAAGACAGGAUUUGUUAAGGCAUUUUCAAAUUCACCAAUUUCUUUUACUUUUGGAUAUCAUCAAGUUGAGAAAGUUAUGCGAGCACUUUUUGUAACAGAACUGUUUUUGUGGCCAAGGUUUCAUAGUACCGUGAUUAAAAGUCUUAAGAGUAGGCAGGCAGAAGUCAUAGAAUUGCAUGUUUCACUGACGACGAACAUGAGUCUCAUUCAGACUUGUUUACUUGAUAUAAUGAACUACACAGUCAAACAAUUGAAAAGUAUCAACCGAACACUGGAUAUGCAAGAAAUAACAACCGAAAAUUGUAUCACAAAGAAAUUUCAUAAAAUUCUUCAAUCGCAAUUAGAUUGCGUGUGGCACCAGCUCAGUACACGGACUAAGGAGUACAUACAAGAUUUAAAGGUUUUAAGGACGAUGAUAAUAAACUUAAUACACGACGACUCAGUAUCGUUUUACGCAUUAGUAAGCAAAUACAGGACACCGGAAUAUGCUAAAGUGAAUUCGGGUUGGAUACUUCUUGAUUCAGCGGAGCAGCUGUUUAGAGUGGCCAGGGCGAGGGUGUAUAACAAUAAUAAUGAAUUUAAUCCCGAGUCGUCACCGAAGUGGAAAUGUCUGAGUGAAUUGUUAACAGAUGAGAUACCUAAAGAAGUUAGGAAGAAGAACAACGAGUCGUUGUGUAGAACGAAAAUACUAAUACUUUGCCAAGACAACAAGUCAUGUUGUCAACUGAACAAUUUCCUUACGAUGGGCGAAAGUAAAUAUCUCUUCUACACUGCGUUCCGGAGAGACUUAACAAUAACUACGAUGGCUGCUAAAUAUAAGAAAAUUAAUAACAAAACACAAAUCAAAGACAAUAAAGAAAAAGGUAAAGAAGUAAAAAAUGAAUUGGACGAGGAGGAAGCGAAUGCAGAUGAAAUGAAUAAGUCCAACUAUGUACUGACUCUCACUCAAACGGCAAAUAAAAACAAUUCGGACUUGAAAGCGGCCAAUGAAAGCAUAUUUGAAUCUCUGUCUCAGGUGGAAAAUUUGGAUUUAACGCAGAUAGAAGCAGAUAAACCGAUAAUUUGUAUUCAAACAUUUAAGCAAAAUGGUAAUUACAUGUCCCUUUGUGAAACAUUAGAGAGCUUGCGUCCCGAGUACGUAGUGCUGUACCACAGCGACGUGGCCGCCGUCCGGCAGCUCGAGCGCUUCGAGUGCCGGAAGCCGCCCCACGAGCCCAGGGUCACGGUGUACUUCCUGGUGCACGACCACACCGUGGAGGAGCAGGCCUACCUCACGUCUCUGCGUAGGGAGAAGCAGGCGUUCGAGCUGCUCAUACAGGCCAAGAGUGUAAUGGUUAUACCGUCAUACCAAGACGGAAAAACUGAUGAAUAUUUUAAUUUGCAUGUUGAAGAAGAAGUAGUCCCCGCGGAUACAAGAAAAGCAGGUGGUCAAGUUCAAGUCACGAAAGAGAAACCGGUUGUUAUCGUCGAUAUGAGGGAAUUCCGUUCCGACCUCCCCGCGUUACUGCAUAAAAAUGGAAUCAAUAUUGAACCAGUGACCAUAUCUAUAGGAGACUACAUCCUAACGCCGGACAUAUGCGUGGAGAGGAAGUCGAUAUCCGACCUCAUCGGCUCGCUGAACUCGGGGCGGCUGUUCGCGCAGUGCACGCACAUGUGUCGCAACUACAGCCGACCCAUCCUGCUCAUUGAGUUCGAUCAGAACAAGCCGUUCAACUUACAGGGCAAUUUCGUCGUUUCAACUGAUUUAUCAGGCGCCGAUAUCCAGCAGAAGCUACAGCUGCUUACAAUACACUUCCCGAGGUUGAAACUCGUCUGGUCGCCGAGCCCGUACGCUACAGCAGAACUGUUUUAUGAGCUCAAACAAGGUAGAAAGAACCCGAAUGUAGAAGAAGCGCUCGCUUUAAGUGGAGACAAUACAGCGGAAGAUAUGAACCACGAGAGAUGUAAUAUACGCGUACACGACUUCGUACAGAAGCUGCCCGGUAUCACUUCGAAGAACAUCACGAGGGUUAUGAACAGAGGGGUGUCUUUGGAUCACCUUAUAACCUUAACACAGGAACAACUUGCAGAAAUUAUAGAAAACAAAAAUGAAGCCGCAACAUUAUAUUCCAUUUUACACGUCAAAGCAAAAGCAGCUGACACAGACAAAACGAAACCUUUUGCGAAGAAGAAGUUCGAGAAAUUCAAGAAUUUGAAAUAAAAAGACGAAAAGAUUUUUACAAUUAUUUAUUGCAUAUGUACAGAAUCAUAAUAAUUUUAAAAUGAAAUAAAAGUGAUCACAAUGAAUAAAUAUAUGUCAAUUUUAUUAUUAAUAAUUUAUAAAAUAAAAAUAAAAAACAGUAAUUUUUAUUUGGAGUCUUAUUUAUA